AUGGCUAGCGGUAACUUCACCGAUUCACCAGCCUCUGCCGGCAACCGUGGCCAGAUUGUUGACUCUCAAUCUCAAUGGAAAUGCUGCAACUGCGCUCACGGUUUCUUUAACCUCGUUACUGACCCGCUUGUUUCAGUGAUUACAAUGGCAGAUCUCGGUCUUCCUUUUCACUCCAUCUCCGGGCUUCCCAACUUCCGGGACCUCGCAGGCCGUCCGCUUCCUAUCCAGUCACGCCCUGACCACACAAUCAAGUCUGGUCUCAUCUUCCGCUCAGCAGAGCCGUCUCGUCUCACUGAAGACGGAAUCGCAGCGCUGCAGAAUCUGAACAUCUCGCACGUUUACGAUCUGCGUUCCCGUACUGAAAUUGAGCGCUACGCCACGGGAACCCGUGAGUGGCCAGGCGCCGAACGUGUUUUUGUCCCGGUCUUCCUGGAUGAAGACUAUGGCCCAGAGGCUAUUGCUGUACGGUUCAAGAACUACACGGCUGAGGGCAGCGAAGGCUUUGUCGAAGCUUAUCGAGGAAUCUGGGAAACGGGAACAAAACCUAUCAGAACUAUCAUCUCGCACCUGGCCAGGCCGGACCCUUCACCUUUACUCAUACACUGCACGGCAGGUAAAGACAGAACUGGAGUCAUUUGCGCUUUUAUUCUGUCAAUCUGUGGCGUAGAUGAUCAGGCGAUCGCCCGCGAGUACGCACUCACAGAGGUGGGACUUGGUGAUUUUGGAGACGAGCUUCUCAAAGCAGUGAUGAAGAUCCCUGAACUCCAAGAGAACCCCGAAGGUGCGAAACGAAUGCUUGGAGCUAAGCCCGAGAACAUGCUGGCAGCCCUGAGAAAAUUAAGAGAACAGCAUAGCUCUGUUGAGCAAUACCUUGUCAACUACUGCGGACUGUCAGAAGACGAUCUCGAGCAGGUUCGGAAAAACUUGAUCGUACCCCAUAGCAAUCGAUAG